UGAGUAUACACCAUGAGCUCUUCGGUUCAGCCCAUGCGCCUCAAGGCCGCAUACCAGCGAAUCGUGGACAACUUCCAGUCCCUUGUCAUCGUCCACCUCGCCGCUGCCUCUCUCGUCGCCCUGGUGCAUCUCGGGCCAGAGGAGCUGACCAGCCUGCUCCGUGAGCUUCAGCCCGUGCACCUAUUCUUCGCCGGCUUCCUCCCGGCCGCGGCGGUCGUCGUCUACCUAAUGCUUCGUCCGUGCGCGGUGUACCUGGUCGACUACGCCUGCUUCCGUACCCCGUACACCAGCCGCGUCCCCUUCGCCACAUUUCUCGAGCACAGCAAACAAUCUCCGACCCUCAACAGUCGCAGCUUUCGUUUCAUUUCACGCCUGCUGGAGCGCUCGGGGCUUGGGGAGGAGACCUGCCUGCCCACAGCGCAGCACUGCAUCCCGGCGCACAAGUACUGCACCAUUGACGAGGCUCGCGCCGAGUUCGAGCUCGUCGCCUUCUCGGCGAUCGACGACCUCCUCGCCAAGACCGGCAUCGCACCAGACGCAAUCGGUAUCCUCGUCGUCAACUGCAGCCUGUUCUGCCCCACGCCAUCCUUGGUCGACAUGAUCAUACACAAGUACAACCUGCGCGGCGACAUCCGCAGCAUGAACCUCUCCGGCAUGGGGUGUAGCGCGGGGCUGAUAUCCGUGGGGCUCGCGAGGAGCCUCCUGCAGGUCGCUCCCCGAGGAUCGCACGCGCUGGUCGUCUCCACGGAGACCAUCACCCCGAACUACUACGUCGGCAACGAGCGCGCGAUGCUCCUGCCCAACUGCCUGUUCCGCGUCGGCGGAGCGGCCGCGCUGCUUUCGACGUCCCCCGUGAACGCCCGGUUCCGCCUCAAACACCUCGUGCGCACGAACACCGGCGCUGGGAACGACAGCGCUUACCGGUGCGUGUUUCAGGAGGAGGACGACGAGGGGAACGUCGGGAUCAACCUCAGCAAGGACCUGAUGGUCAUCGCCGGCAAGUCGCUGGAGGCCAACAUCACCAGGAUCGGGCCGCUCGUCUUGCCGCUCCGCGAGCAGCUUCUGUUCGCGCUCUCCCUCGUUGCGCGGAAGGUGUUCCGCGCGCGAACCAAGCCUUACAUCCCAAACUUUUCCAAGGCGUUCAAGCACUUCUGUAUUCACGCCGGUGGCCGGGCGGUAAUAGAUGAGCUGCAGAAAAGCCUCUCACUCUCCGACGAGCAGGUGGAGGCGUCGCGGAUGACGCUGCACCGGUUCGGAAACACGUCCAGUAGCUCGCUGUGGUACGAGCUGGCCUACGUGGAGGCUAAAGGACGGAUGCGCAAGGGUGAUCGCAUUUGGAUGAUCGGAUUCGGCUCAGGGUUCAAGUGCAACAGCGCGGCGUGGGAGUGCAUCGAGCCUGCCCCUAAUGCCGAUGGGCCAUGGGCCACGUCCAUCAACAGGUAUCCAGUGGUCAUUCCCGACGUGCUAAAGCACUAGCUGCUUAGCGCAUCCACAGUGUUGUCAAAUGCUAAAUGUGCCACGUAAUAAAAAAUAGCUAUGAUACCAAAUAGCUAAGUUUACCACAAUGUGUAGAUUGCCAAAAAAAUUAAUGUUCUCUCCCAUGGCCCACAAUAACUUCGUAUGUUUGAGAUGUUUGCAAAA